AUGCAACGAAACGCUCCGCUGCGAGAUCCAUACGCUCCAGAAGAAGAGGAGCAGCCGUAUUCUGGAGCAGGUGGACCACUACCUCGACUGCCAAGAUCUGGACCAGCACCACCACUACGCCAUCCAACGGAGACUCUUACAUCAUCCUCAUCUCGCUCGCUGCCCUCACACGAUUCAGUGCCAGGUUCAUCAAGGCCAAACGUCAGCUUAGGCGCACUGCGCUCAUCUAUUUCCCGACAGGAUCCAAACGAUGCAGCAAGCACUGGCCCAAGCGCCGCCCCUCGUUCUCUGGGUCUAUCUUUGGGCCUACCUAGGAACAGAAUGGCGGCAAGAAGCGGUAACAACGACGCACUCUCCCGAGUAUCUGCCAAUGUGCCGAUCGCUGCAAAUCAAGCAGACGAAGCGGUUCGAAAUACGGACUCGGAUGCUCUGCUCUCCCGUCUUUCUGCACUGAAACUUGGCUAUCUACCACCCGAACCAUACACACAAGAGUUCUCAACAAGCUCACAUUCCGACUAUGGGGCCCCCCUCUCGCGCUCAGAUCAGUGCAAUACCGCAGCCAGGAGAUCCCCACUGAUAAACAUUGGCACAUACCUACGCUGUACAACGAUCGAUAGCGAGGUCGAAGCCUUCCUGAAGCAGCGAGACACGCCGAAACAGAUCAUCUCGAUCGGUGCCGGUAGUGACAGCCGCUACUGGAGGAUCAUGACCAAGCCCGAUCUGUCAAGACAUCUGGGACACUACCUUGAGAUCGACUUUGACGAGAACACAUCGCACAAGCUCACACGCAUCUUGCGAAGCCCAAUACUGCGAUCUUCGCUCGACUCUGAUUCUCUAGUGCACGGUGUUCCUCUAAACGGUCUCUCGCCCACCGCCGCUACGCAGCAGGACAACAAGGCUCGAGCCAGGCGGAUGCAGGUGCUACGCUCAUCAAAGUAUUCGCUUCUCGCCGCCGAUCUCAGAAACUUGCAUCCAGACACACCAUCCGAGCAACGAAUCGAUCCUGACCUCCUCUUUGGCUCUCACAGCACCGCGCUCCAGCCGGGCCGACCGACACUGAUCCUAUUCGAAUGUGUGCUGGCCUACAUCACUCCAAACAAAGCUGAUUGGCUUGUCGAGCUAUUAGGAAAGAGGUUCGCAAACAUUACUGCAGUCAGCUAUGAUAUCGCUCUUGCUGGAGAUGCGGAAGUGCAACACGGAAUUUCUGCUGCUUUCGGCCAAGGAACAGCUACCUCAGCAAGUUCUGAUGUACCGCCCUCACGAUUCGGUCGAGUCAUGCUGCAGAAUCUCGAAAUUCGAAAACUAUCGCUCCCUGGUGCCAAAGCGUACCCCACCAUUGGUGCGCAAAGUCAGCGCUUCACCCGAGCUUGGUCUAGCACAAGCUCGUCGCAAGUCGAAGCUUGUGGGAGAAGUCUGUUUUCCAUUUGGUCUGCGUUGGAUGCUGAACAGAAAAACAGGCUCUCGCGGUUGGAGGGCCUGGAUGAGGUCGAAGAGAUUGAUAUGCUCCUCAAGCACUAUUGUAUUGUGAAGGCUCAGAGGACGUCUUGA